ACCAGUCGCAAGCUAACGACCGAGGACACACAGUCAUAGUGCAUAGCUAGCUGAUAACUUUUUACCUGCAGUUUUUAGCUAGCUAGUCAGAGCUGUAACAAGCUAGAGCUUGUUACAAAGUUUUUUUCUCACACAAACGAGGCUUCGUUUUUCAAAAAUACCCGUUACAUCGUUUUUUAGCCUUUGUUUCAUGCUAUCUAGCUCAUUUUUAUCUGCUUUUUUAGCUAGGCUGGUAGCUAUGUUGCUACCAUUUUUUUCCACAAACAAAGACAGCUGUAGUUGUUCUUUUUUUGUACUUCUUCUUGGUGAAAGCAACGAGGAUUCGUUUUUUCAGCAAUACCUACAAGUGCCUUCCUCAACAAAGACUUAAGUUUUUCUUUUUGGUGCGAGAAAAGAGGAUUCGUUUUUGCAACUAUGCCUGCGUUUGCGAAAGCUGCUACCCCUAAGAAGGAUCGCAGACUUAAGCAUAAGAAGAUAUCUAUUGAGCCGUACCAAGAAGAUUUCCCGCCCAAAAGGCCCCCCUCAGCCUUUGUUCCAGUCUCACCUUCCCCGGACACUGUAUCUGAUGAUCCUAACACAGCUGCAGAGCAACUAAAGGCUGUAGCAGACUUGGUGUCGUUGCAUUUGUCGUCGUCUAAGCGUGAUUUCACACAUAGUACCCCAACGCCAUACAACCCACCAGGUGUCUCCAUUGAGAGGGGACAAAAGGCUAACCCUUUACAAAAGACAUCUGACAAGACAAUCCUUGCCGUAGAAGCAGGAGAAGGGUCUGAAGACACAGAACUAACAGAGACAGUGCCUACAUCCCACCAACCAAAUAGGGACGCUUUGCGGAAGGCAUCUGAACACACAGGACUAUCGGAAACAUCGCUUACAUCCCACCAACCGAAUCGGGGAGCUUUGCAGGAGGCACCUGGAUAUAAUGUAGGUGAAUACCUCUUUAACUGUAUCUGUAGCGGUGAGGAAGGCUCCGAUUAUGUCAGCUGUAUACCACACACCUCUGACAUACCUAGACAAAGCGAUUCAUUCAACCACGCUGGAACUGUCAGAUAAACAGUGUAACAUAGGUAAUACCUCAGUAACCAAUCCUGUAAAUAUAUUAGAGGUUAACGCUCCAUUCCUUGAUAAUCAAG